UGUGUCGCAAAAAUCGAUUGUUGCUCCCGUAGACUAGCAUUAUCUGCCAAAACAUUAGACAUUUCUUAUCGAAGGUUAUAAUUAUCUGCCUUCAAUGAUUCAACAGUCUGUUCCAAUUCGAUAACCUUAUUAGACUGUCCUAUAAUGGGUGGCCUGAAUGGUUCUCGUCUAGAUGUGCUCACACCCAAGUUUUAUCGGUUAAAUCGGUUAAAUCACUCAAACCAUGAACUGGAGGUCAAAACGGUUUGACCUCCGGUUCGGUUUUAAAAACAUUGCUCACACUUAUAUCCUGUGGAUGUGUGUGAAUAUCCAAACCUUUCAACCAUCCUUUCUUGACCCCACCAGUUGCCCUAAGUAAUAUCUCAGCAUGAGGUAUUGUAGGGUCAAAUCCUUCUUCCUCUUGUUUAGUAGCAUAUUCAGCUGUCAAUUUUUCCUGAAAUAAUAUAAGACAAAAUAAAUAAUUAAUUGUACU